AUGACACGACUAGACGAGCUAAGCAAGAAAAUCUCCGACAACAACCAAGGCCUAGCAUCACGCGCGCAUCUCAAACCUCCAUCAACCAGCACCAACAAUCAAACACUCCGCGUCCCCACCACGUUCCCAGCGCCAAACUCGGCGCAGCGGGCAGCCCCGCCCCCGAUUCAAGCAGCAUCGACAUCGUCAUCGCAAGCACGCAAAAAAGUCACGCUACAACCGGGCCAUUCGCCACUAGACUGGGCCCAGUUGAACCGCACCCAACCCAAGCAUAAACUACGAGGCGUGCCCCUCAACUUCCCACCGCCGCAGAUCGUGCGUGUUACAAAGGAUGAGCUCAACAAGCAUAAAUCAAGGAGCGACUGCUGGACGUGCAUCAAUGGCAAAGUGUUUAACAUUACUCCCUACCUCCAUUUCCACCCCGGUGGAGUCGAUGAGAUUAUGAAGUGUGCUGGACGUGAUGGCACUGCGUUGUUCAACAAGUACCAUGCAUGGGUUAAUGUCGAUCGCAUGUUGGAGAAUUGCAUCGUGGGUGUAUUUACAAACUCCUAG